CACGCUCGCCAGGACCAACAAAGAUGAAAUUAGAAGCUAAAUGUCUUCAACGGAUGAAAAAUCUCAAAUUCCUUAUAGUUGAUAAUGUACAUUUUUGUGGAGACCUUUAAUAUCUUCCCAAUGGAUUACGGUUGAUUGAUUAGCCCAGAUUUCCUUUCUCUUCCCUGCCAUCCACUUUUUGUCCUCACAGACUCAUUGCAUUCAAUGUGCCACAAAGUCACAUUAUAUUGGACAAGCUUCUAGAGCUGAGAAGCUUGGCAUAUAUGAAUGUCAGUCACUGUCAUUACAUUAGAAAAUUGCCUGACUUAUUGAUCACCACCCCAAACAUAAAGAAAUUGGAUCUUCGUGAAUGUAGAAAUUUAGUCGAAGUUCAUGAGUCGGUUGGACGUCUUGAUAAGCUUGAAAAGUGGGACCUCACAGAUUGUAGUGAACUUCAAAUUCUGCCAAGCUCCCUCAUGAUGAAAUCUCUAAAAUAUUUUCGCCUUUUUGGUUGCAUAAGGCUUGAGAAGUUUCCCAAUAUUCCGCAAGAAAUGGAUGGUUUAAAGGUUCUAGAUUUGUUUGACACUGCUAUUAGAGAGUUGCCACCAUCAUUUGGGAAUCUCAUUGGGCUCGAGCAAUUAUACCUAAGUUCCAAUUUUUGCUCCAUUUAUCUUCCAAGUAGCAUCUAUAAAUUGCAGCAUCUUCACCUACUCUAUCUUUUUGGUGGCGUCGAAUUUCCAAAGGACGUGGAGAUAAGUAGACAAGCACUGAGCUAUGGUGGAUUUUCCAAUUAUGGGUUUCGGAGCUUGAAUUUCCUAUUUCUUUGUUGUUCUAAAAAUUGUGAAGAAAUAGAUUUCAUUUUGACUUCUUGUUGCCCACCCUCGCUGAAACGUUUAUCCAUAUGGAGCAAAGAUAUUAGCCUCCCAGAAAGCAUUAAUAGAUUUAAUUCGUUACAUUGGCUUGAAAUUAGGGAUUGUAUGUUUGUUGAGAAAAUUCCAAAGCUUCCAGAAAGUGUAAGAGAAGUAGAUGCAUCAAACUGCUUCUCGUUAGAUUCACAUUCAAUACAAAAAUUAUUGCUUCAGUUUGGAAGAAUGUUAAGGCUUCCAAAAAUUAUGACAUGUUUAGGUGUGAAAGGUGACAUAUUACUGGAUUCACAAUCAUCUACUAGGCUCUCCCCCACUGAGUUUUCUAUCAUUCAAACUGACUUCUACGACCCUAUAAAUGUGUCACAAAAUUAUGUUGAAGAUGACACUAGAUGCGAAUAUCAGAUUAUAUUACCAGGAAAUGAGAUUCCAAAGAAGUUCAACCAUCAGAGUGUCAAUGGUUCCAUAUCAUUCUGGAUUGGUCCAGAAUUUUCAACAUUUGCCCUGUGUCUAGCUUUUUGUCUAGAUGGGAUGAGGGAUACAGAUACAUACAGUUAUAUUUGUGUUGUCGACAUUUUCAUCAAUGGUCAUAAGCGAUUGCUCAGGCAAAGACUCUUUGAUAAUUUGGAGUGUGGUCAUCUGUGGUUUUAUGGUGUACCUCAUAGCCAAUUGCAGCAGGAAUUUCGAGACUUGCUUCAAGGUGAUCAGAAUCUUGUUGAAGUUUCAUGUAAAAUCUCUAAUUGGACUAGUAAAACUGGCGGAGAAAAGGCUCCGAUCAUUGCAAGGAUGGGCAUCCAUGUGGAAUGCAUUUGUCAUCCUCAGAAUUCCAUUAUCAUCAGUGAAAACUAUGAACUGGUCCAACCACAAAACCAUCAAAUUUCAAAGAGGAUUGUGCACCAACGACUCAGACCGUUUCUUAACCGAGGUCCCAGCUUUAUCCUACGCAGACUGUACCAUACCCAGUGCCCAAUCCAGAGUACUUCUCGUCGACAACUACUAAAAGCAAGAAAAAUCCAUAACAGCAACAGCAGCAAGAGGCUCUUAGUAGCCAAGAGCUGCAUAUGUUUGUAUGGAGCUCAAGAGCAUGGCUUGUGCUCAAAAGAGUUGGGCUCUACAUAUUUGGAGGGAUUGACUUCAGUGCGGUCCAGCAAUUCGGACAGUCCGAUUAGAGAUAUGCCAAUUGGUGGACCAGAAAUACCAAAAAUAAGUCACUCUACCCAAAAUAGAACAAGAUCAAAGAAAAUGAGGAGAUCUUGAUAAAUUAAAAAAAAAAAUGAAGAAAUAUGCCUAGGUUUAUGCGUGAGGGGUAUUAAUACAAUUGCAAAGGACAUGCAGAGUUCAUUCUCUUUUAAUGUGUGGAGUGUGGAUUGUCAUUAUGAUGGAAGAGGGGUACUGAGGUGAGUUUCAUCAGGGGAAGGUGAGGUGGAGAGAGGUUGGUUGAACAAGACUGCUAGAUUGGAGAGGUUUCAGGAAAUUUGGAGGAAGUGAAGCCUGGUUUGGGUCCUGUCGAGCUCUUGGAAUGGGGAUAAAAAGAAGGUUCUUAUUUGACCAAAGAAAAUAAGAACAAGGGCAUAUGUGAUUCUUUGGAGCCAAAGCAUGAAAGGGAGUUCAAUUUUUGGCUCUCUCUGUAUACGAGGGUCAUGGAAACAAUGCGAUGUUGUUCAAUAUAUUAUUUGAGAUUCGGUUAUGGGGUGAGAUAAGACUUCAGCUUAUGUCUCCACUCUACACUGUGACAUUCUCAGUUCUUGGGAACAGAUGCCCAACUGUUGUCUUCAGCAUUAUUGAGAUUAAGCAGCAUCUAUGUUUCGGUUAAGUUAUCUGUGGGUUUUGUGCAGUACUCAAUAUAACGGUGUCUACAUAGCAUUAAGAUGUGUCAGAUUUCAAUUUAGUUUGGGCAAAGCUUAUUAGCACACGACUUACCUUAAAAAGAAAAAAAAAAUGAGGAGCUUGUUGGGAUGUGAGGAGAUAAUAAGAAGUAAAUACAAUAUUCUGGUGCUUUUGUUAUUCAGGUGGCACUAAGAAUGAAAGUCUUGUGAAAUCAUAUUUUUAAGAUGUGGAAAAUUAUUUGUUUGUUAAUAGGUGGUAUUUAUGCAAUCAUAUAUGCAUUUAUUUGAUGACUUUGAGAAAUGAUCCUAAAUUGUUGUAUGUAAUCUGUGCUUUGGUUAUGGUAAUGAAAGUUGGAAUGAUAGAUCAAGUUGUUUGAACAUAAAUAUGGAGAUCGACAACAAUGCUCUUUGGAUGGGGAUUGAUGAUAAUUGGGGAUAUGCAAUAUCCAACUUGGGUGUUUGAAAUAUCUCAUCAGAGAAUAAAUGAAAAUCUGCAAUUUUGUAAACCUCAGCAUGCGGUCAAAAAGUUCAGAGAAUCAUCAAGGAAUACAAGAAGUAAAUGAGGAGAAGCUGUAAUCAAAACAUGUGAGUACUGAGUGGUCAGGUGGAAAUGGGAAGGUUACUAGUUGCUAUAAACCUAAAAGGCAAAAAAAUUAUUGACUUUUAUUUCUUUCUUUCUAGUGCAAUGUCUAAAUGGUGAUUUUCCUAAGCAAUCCGAUUUUAUAAAUUGUUAAAAGGAUAGAAAGCACUAUGCAAUCAGUCCUAAUGCUCUCUAAGUCUAUGUU